UGAAAAGGUCGUACGCAGAUCUUGUACUUAGCGCUUCCCUUGUGUAGAUCUUGUUGUUGACAAAUGUUUUAAUCUUUUAGUGCUGUGUCUGCAGGUAUGGAUAAGGUGUAUCAUCACAAUUCAAUAGGCGCUCAAAGGUGGUCAGUGGUCAAGUGAAAACCUUUCUGGAGAUGCAGACUAUAUGUGCUCACCUCGUGAUGUCAAAAGGUGGCUCCUGCUUCUAGAAUCAUAGAAUCAUAUGAUUUUAAAUUAGUUCUUGUACUGCUUGAUCCAUGUCCCAACUAAUCCAAACAGCCACACAGUUACUGAUGUACGUACUCUGCAUCUACCUCCAUCGGUGUAUUUUUAAUUCAUCCAGGUGUGUUUACAGAUAAAUACAAUCACAUUUUUAAUCUAUUUAUUCCUGUAGUAAUCUUUAGGAACAUAAUCUUUAAAAUGUAAUGUGAAAUGAUUAUUUAAUUGUGUGCUUGUAGCAAAAUUUCUCCUGUUGAGAUUUCUGACUGGCUAACAAAUUUCCUUGAGCAGUAUGGUUUUCCACAUGAUAGAUUCCCUCAUUUUCCUCAAGCAGAUACUGUAAUUUUAAUUGGAAAGCUUUGGCAUAUUUUGGGUUGACUUGAAAACAAAAGGCAAUUUUUCUUUCAUUAAAGAUCUUGUACAAAUGGAUGCAAAUAAAAAUAUAAUGGAAAAUGAGACACUAGCACUAUACUGGCUUUUAUGUCAGGGUUUGUUUUGCUUUGACUGGGCAUUUUGUAAAGAUGAGAAGGUGUGGGUGUUAGUAUGUAAUAAUAUAUUGCAUACACAUAUUACCUGUGUACUCUAAAUAAGCUCGGUAAUGCAGGGUUUUUGUGGGAGACAAGUGUUUUGUGAUGAUUUCUUGGGUUUUAUCCCUGAGCCAAGUCCACUCUAACUGAACAAAAUUAUGUUCAAGUAUCUGCUAAUGUUCCAGAGACAGAUCAGCCCCACUGGUUUUAUCUGUCAGCCUGCAGGCUUAGCUAAACACGGAAAUGAUGCUGCUUACAUGAGAGUGUUCAUGCAAAGGGGUUUGGACUCACAAACUAAAAAACAACUUGACGAGGAAGAAAAGAAGAUAAUUAGUGAAGAACACUGGUAUCUUGAUUUACCAGAUCUAAAGGAGAAAGAGAGCUAUAUAAUAGAAGAGAGGAGCUUUAUGCCAUGUGAAGAUCUACUUUAUGGCAGAAUGUCCUUCAAAGGAUUCAAUCCGGAAAUUGAGAAAUUAAUGGUCCAAAUAAACUCUAAGAGCAAGAAAGAAGAAAUUGAAGUGGAUGAUAAAAUGGAGGCUGAUGUGUCAGAUGAAGAAAUGGCCAGAAGAUAUGAAACAUUAGUGGGAACAAUAGGGAAGAAAUUCUUGAAAAAAAGAGACCAGCGUGUUCUCCAUGAUGAAGAUGAAGAAGAGAAUAGUAACACAAGGCCUAAGAAAGCUAGAAAAAUGUUCUUAAAACCUCAGGAUUAACGUCAGCUGCACAACUGGAGCUAAUAGAAAUGUUACCUACCAAAUAUAGCAAAUACAGUACCAAGAAGUGAAGAUUGUUUGGAGUUUUUGCUACAGAAUUGUAAAUCUGAGUCUGUAGUUGAAGUUUUCUGCCAUCCACAUAGCAAGCAUUUUUUGAAGUGGAUGUGUAUAUAAUGGAUGUCAUACAUCUUUUCCUCUCUAAGCAGCUUUUAACAUGUGGGGUAUUAAGCCCAUCAGCUGUUCUUAAUGUUGUGCAUAACUAGGAUGAGUGUCAACGUGCAAUCAAUAGCAACAGUAUUUAUAUUUUAUGAUUACAUCUAAAAUAAGUAUUUGCAGUAAAGAUGAGCUUUGUCCAAUCCAAUCCAGUGAGACAGUUCAGCUUUCUCUGCUAUUUUUAUUAUGAAAGUGAAAACCUUUGCUCCCUCCAAUUCAAAAAAAACAGUCAGCAGAAACAUAUUUUUUUAACUGCUUGACAAAUAAGCUGGGAAAAGAACAGAGACAAAAUCCAUUUUUUAAUUUUAUUUUUUUAUAAAGCAUAUUUAAAAAUAGGAGUUUGUAGCAAAACUUUUUCUUUUUUCCUAGAGCGAGCCAAAUAUUGGGCGACAUUUACAGUUUGACACUUGAGCAGAUUGUGAGCCUUUAAUUUCUGUCUUCCAGAAGAAGUUUGCUAAUCUUGUCUCUUUUCCAACCAAAAAAUGCCAAACUUAUAAUUAUCUAGGUCUUAACAUAGAAGCAUAAUAACGGCUUUGGAAACAUGUUUGGGGAGCUAAUAAAAACUGAUUUUUUUGUGGUUAA